CCAACUUAUAAUCAGCUCAGACAUCCUUAUUUGUUUUGCGACAAUCCAUCCAUUAAUUAGAUAUGAAUUCCUUCGGCUUCAUGAGAUUGAUCGGAAGCCUUAGCUUCAUAUGGUUAGUCCUGGCCAUAACAACAGCAGCCCAACCAUCGUCCUCCCCAGCUCCGGUGCUCGACAGUGCCGGAAGUCCUCUUGAAGCCGGCGUAGAAUACUACAUCAAUCCUGCUAUUACUGACAAUGGCGGUCGUUUCACCCUGAUUGACCGAAAUGGGUCGUGCCCGUAUUACGUCGGGCAGGAAAACGUUUCGGGCUUAGAAGGGUAUCCUGUCAUCUUCACGCCUUUCGUGGAGGGAGAGACGGUGAUUAGGGAGAGUAGGGACUUGAAGGUUGUUUUCUCUGCAAGCACCACCUGCGUGCAGUCAACGGCAUGGAAGUUGGGGGAGAGAGACGCUGAGAGUGGAAGGAGAUUGAUUAUGACCGGAGAAAGCCAAAGCCAGCAGCGUCCCACCAGCAACUACUUCAAGAUAGUAAAAGCCCAAGUGGGAGAGAAUAUAUACAACAUUGAAUGGUGUCCUACGGAAGUGUGUCCCACUUGCAGGUUUAUCUGCGGGACUGCUGGCGCUUUGGUUGAAAAUGGGAAGAGGUUGUUGGCCUUGGAUGGGAGUGUGCUCCCGGUUAUGUUUGAGAGGAGGGCUUAAACUCUUAUAUAUUUCUAAUUUGGUCUCUAGCUAACAGUACAAGCUAGUAAUUAAAUAAAUAAAUGGAGUUAAUUUAUUAGCUCCUCUACUAAUUAAAUAAACCUCAGCACAUGCUUGUGUUUAGCAAGUCCUAAUUUGAAAAAUUGGACUAUAUUUCACGGAAAUGAAAGAAAUUAUUAUGUUUUA